CAGUAGCGCCAAACUAACGCUGCUAGCUGCCGUUAAAGGGCAGCGAAGAAGAAGAAAGAAGGAUGUUACGAUCUGCUUGAAAUAAACACAAAGAAGAAGGAAUAAUAAGCAGUAUUCUUGUGAGGAUGAAAUUAAAUGUAUUUGCACGGUUAGUCACCAAACAUCUUAAAGAACUGCUCGGCAGUAUUGUGUUAGAAAUAUGAAGGAAACCCCUGCGGUGAAUCUAUUCACUGCCCCCUCCUGUUAGCUAACACACAGCUAACGUUAGCUGGAGGCUAACGCAUCCAUUCAUCUUUUCACCAUAAGACGAGGCGACAUAAGUCAACUAACGACUGUUUUUUUUUUUUGAUAAAAUCCAAAAGCUCCACCCAUCCUCCAUGGCCUCUUCAGAGGUCAGCAUGCAGGACGUGAGCGAGGUGGUGAUCGUCACCAUACCGGAGACGAUGGGCGAGGACCUCCCGUCCGUGGAGGAGGAGGACAACGCGGUGCCGGUGACUGCAGAGCUGACCCCUCAGCCAGGGGAGGACAUCCUCACGGAAGUACCGGUGGAGUCAGAAGCUGAGACCGGCGGGGAAGAUUCAAUGUCGAGGGAAGAGGCAGUCAUCGUGAAGCUGACAGAGGAGGUGGACGUGGAGGCCGAUGUCUUCUACCCGAUCACCUGCGGGGACGCCAAAGCCACGCUGGUGUGGAAGAAGUUCGUCUGCCCCGGGAUCAACGUGAAAUGCGUCCAGAUCUUUUUUUCCCUCGCUCUCUCUGAGCAGUUCAAUGAGCAGCUCAUCAGCCCGAAGGAGUUUGUGUGCUUAGCGGGGAAGUCCACGCUGAAGGACUGGAAGAGAGCCAUCCGUCUCAACGGCACCAUGCUCAGGAAGAUCAUGGACUCUGGUGAACUGGACUUCUACCAGCACACAAAGGUCUGCUCCAACACCUGCCGCAGCACUAAGAUAGACCUGGUGGGAACCAAAGUGUCCAUUGGCGGUGAUCAGCCUGCUGAGCUGGUUCCUUCCACCCCCUCAUCAGCUGACUUGAACGGAGGAGCAGCCUCGUUUCCAGACGUGACGGAGGAAACCUCAGAGUGGGUCACAGCCAUCGGAGAGGACUCUGUGGCAUUCUGGCGUUCGUUGAAGGAAGCUGGACUGCUGGAGGAGGUGGUGGAGGACUUCCAGAAGGAGCUGCAGGAGGUGCUGAGGGGCUUGCAGGAGAGAGUGUGUGACCCACCGCUUCAGGUCAAAGACGCCGUUUUGCUCAACAACAUAGUGCAGAACUUCGGGAUGUUGGACCUUGUGAAGAAGGUUCUGGCCAGUCACAAGAGCCAGAUGGACCGCUACAGAGAGCAGUACACCCGCAGCCUCGCCGCUCUGGAGCAGCAGUGUGACGAGCACAGGAAGCGGGCCAAGGAGCUGAAGAGCAAAUCCCAGCACCUCAACAACGUCCUGAUGACCCUCACCCCGGUCCCCGCACUGCCGGCUCCUAAGCGCCCGCGGCUGACCCGCGCCGUCUCCGGCCCGGCCUCGGUCAACAUCGCCCCCACCCAGAUCACCCUGCCGCUCAGCCAGCUGACGGGCCUUCCCCUCGGCAAGGUGCUGACCAUGGCGGGGGCCCAGGCCGGCGCCAACCUGGGCGGCUACACCUUCCUGACCUCGUCGCUCUCCGGGUCCGAGCUGGGGGUCGACGGCUCCAACCUGACCCUGCUGUCGGCGGGGUGUCAGGACGGCGCUGCUGGCGGCUUCGUCAAGGUGAUGGGCCCCCAGUUCCAGCUGGUGACGCUGCCGGCCGCGUUGCAGAGCUUGGCCGCCGCGCAGCAGGUGGUUGGCAGUGUCGGCGUGGCGGACGCCACUGCAGAUGAGCCGCAGGAGGACGGCUACGAGGAGAGUCAGCCAGAGCAGGAGGACGGGGAGCAGCCGGGAGAGCAGCAGUGAGACAGAGGACAGCUGGCCUCUCCCCCGGUCCCACAGCUCGUUAUCGCCUUCAUUUCAAUAAUUCUAGACGCUGGACUGAACGUGGACGGAUGAAGGGAUUGUCCACAUUUUGACUUUUACACAUCAGCUCAUGCUCGGUGUUCAUUUGUCAUUCAACAUGUCCUUCAAUUUUCAAGAUACCUAACUUUAUCUUGUGGCAUCUGGUGUGAGCGGUGCGUGAUGUACUGUAAAUAUGUAUUGGUAACUAAUAUAUUUGAUACAGCUGUUUCUGUAGGGAGUUAUUCCAUAUAGGCUGGAAAAGAAAACCAGUGUUGUUUAGUUUGAUAAUAAACGCUCCGUUUUCAAG